GCAAUUACUGUAUUGUGUAGGAUAAUCACUUUAGUCGUUGAGAUCAACCAACAAUGGAGCCUUUGUUGACUUUGAUUGGAGGUUCAUCCACGUAGUCUAUUAUGUAGGUACUGUAUAUAGCCCCCUUUCCAGCUUUGUUGGCAAACCUCUUUCAACGUGAUGUCAUAUAGAAAUUGGCUUUCGAGAUCUCAAGGACGCAACAGCUCACUGGAUGGGAGAAAGGAGCUUCCAGACACGAAGCAGGGGAAUGCAACCUGAAGAGGCCGAAUGUAGAAGCUCCGAAGAAAUGGGUGCUGGAGGCCAGCGGAUAGAACCGGCGAGCAGCGGCGUUUUCACCUGGGAAGAAGUGCAGAGCCACUGCAGCAGGAAUGACCAGUGGUUGGUGAUUGAUCGCAAAGUGUACAACGUCACAGAGUGGGCCAAGAGGCACCCUGGAGGCUUUCGGGUCAUCCAGCAUUAUGCAGGAGAGGAUGCGACGGAAGCCUUUACUGCUUUUCAUCCUGACAAGAAGUUUGUGCAACGCUUUCUGAAGCCGCUACUGAUUGGAGAGUUGGCGGAAACGGAACUCAGCCAAGACAGGCAGAAAAAUGCUGCAGUCAUCCAGGACUUCCAGGCCUUACAUGCACACGCAGAGGAACGGGGUCUGUUUCGGGCCCACUCUCUGUUUUUCUUGGCCCACCUGGCUCACAUCCUGCUGAUGGAGGUCCUGGCCUGGUUGCUCGUACGGCACGGGGGGACUGGUUGGAUCCAGACGGUGCUCUGUACCAUGUUGAUGGCAACUGCCCAGAUCCAGGCCGGGUGGCUGCAGCAUGAUUUUGGUCACCUGUCUGUCUUCAUGAAAUCCUCAUGGAAUCAUCUUGCACACAAAUUUCUUAUUGGACACUUGAAGGGAGCUUCUGCUAACUGGUGGAAUCAUCGACAUUUCCAGCAUCACGCAAAGCCCAACGUCUUCAGUAAAGACCCCGAUGUCAACAUGUUGCGUAUCUUUGUUGUCGGAGCCACUCAGCCUGUAGAAUAUGGCACGAAAAAGAUCAAGCAUAUGCCCUAUAACCAUCAGCACCGCUACUUCUUCCUGGUUGGACCCCCGCUGCUAAUUCCAGUUUAUUUCCACCUUCAAAUCAUGCAUGUGAUGAUCUCUCGACGUGACUGGGUGGAUAUGACCUGGUGCUUGUCAUACUACCUUCGCUACUUCAGUUGUUACAUUCCACUUUAUGGUAUCCUGGGCACAGUGGCGCUCAUCACCUUUGUCCGGUUUCUCGAGAGCCACUGGUUCGUGUGGGUGACUCAGAUGAAUCACCUCCCGAUGGACAUCGACCACGAGAAACAUCAAGACUGGCUCACCAUGCAGCUCCAAGCCACUUGCAAUAUUGAAAAGUCCCCUUUCAACGACUGGUUCAGCGGACACCUCAACUUUCAGAUUGAACACCAUCUUUUCCCAACAAUGCCGCGUCACAACUACCACCGGGUGGCGCCGCUUGUGCGUGCCCUGUGUGACAAACAUAAGAUUCCUUACCAAGUGAAGACAUUAGGGGAAGGCAUGAUCGAUGUCAUCAGGUCACUGAAAACUUCAGGGAAUCUUUGGCUGGAUGCAUAUCUUCAUAAAUGAUCAUUUUCUCACACCUGCUGUCGAUUGCGUUUGGUUUGAUUCUGUACUAUAAAAUGGAGUGUGUAUUCUCAGUUUGUGCAGGGAUACUGCAAUGUAUUUUGUAUUUCUUUCAAUAUGUCAUUACAUGUAUUUUAAUAAGCAAGUGCCCCGAUUAAGAAUUUAUUUGGCAUGGUUAAUAAUACAGUCGUUGAAAAAAGGUUUGGGGGCUUUGUCAUGUUUUGUCGAUUGGUGUGUGUAAUUUUCUUCAUCAAUGUUUAAUGAGCUUUUAUCAUACUGAGCUAAUUUGGGCUGAUAGCCUGCAAUGGUUGCCAACAGCAGAACACGAGACGAAAAGGAAUUUCUACAUUAACACCUGAUGUGGAGAAUCGGCCGAGCUUGUGAAACACUUCUCUACAAAGUGAGGCUUUAUAUGUCCAUCACGCAUUGUUCUGCGCUUCCUAAAUUCCUGCAUUUCUCGGCACACACGUUGAACCCUCGGCACAAUUUGUCCCAUAAGUUUACUCCCAACUGAUAGACACUUCCGGUAAAGAAAAAGUGUAACUGUUAGUAGUAGUUAGCUUACUAUGAGCUUACUAUGAGCUUCUUGACUCAUAAUUCUUGACUCAUAAUAAUGACUGAAAUACUUCAAACGAUCUUCAGAGGGGUCUUGCAAAGGCAUCAUUCAAUCUGCGCCUGCCUCCGCAUACAUCGACAUCAGACUUAAAAUGCUGGAGCCGGCCACUUAGGACCACACACACUUCCUAGUCGGAUGUAAGACAAAAAAUCCCGUUGUAUGGACAAAAUUUUCUACAUUUCUUCAAUAAAUGUCCUGCAUAUUUGGA